CCUAAUUCUUGCUAGGAUUUGAAUUCGAUGGCACAGGUUAAGGCUCAGGCUCAAGAUGGGAAUCCCAGUGGUGGAAGCAUAUUUAUCAAGAAUUUGGACAAGGCAAUUGAUGACAGGGGAGGUUGUGAAUUCGAGCCUUAAUGGAGGCGUUAUUGGCUUAUUAAAAAAAAAAAUGUAUGUAGCACCUUUUGCGAGAAAGCAAGGUAGAGCAAAGGCUAUGGAAGUGACAAACUUCACUAACGUUUUUGUGGGGAACUUAUCUAUAUCUACAACCGAAAAGGAUCUUAGGGAAGUUUUUGGCCAUUUUGGAACAAUAGUUAGCGCUGUGGUUGUGAAAGAUGGAGACGGGAAAUCAGAGGGUUUUGGAUUCGUCAACUUUAAUGAUGCAGAUGAUGCUGCUUGGUCGGUUGAAGUGCUAAAUGGCCACAAGUUUGAUAACAAAGAGUGGUAUGUGCGGAGAGCUUACCAGAACAAAAAUGUUGGAAAAGUUCAUAAGAAAUCUGUUUCCACUACUAAUGAAACUGAAUCAAAGAAAUCUGUGGAAGCAGUACAAAAGGGAUAUAGAGCUAUCACCAAAGUACUCUAUGUCGACGAUAAGGGGGUCGGGCACUUCAACCCCAGAAGUCCAUGAUUUCUUAGCAAGAAAGAAGGGUUCUUGAUGUGAUAUGAUGUUGCAACUGUAUAUGUGAAUAUGCAAAAGCUUGAAAUUCAGUUUUGCAUGUGCAUUUACCUCAGAUAAUUAAGGUUGUGAUAACAAUAUAUCUAG